AUGGUUCCUGUUCCCUUGUCUCCCUCCUGGAACAAAGAGAAUGAAAAAACAUUGACGACACCGUACCACUAUCUUGCAGACCAGACCCAGGGUAAGCAUCUGCGGAGCCUGUUAAUCAGAACGUUCAACCUGGUGCUCAAUGUCCCGGCAGAGAAGCUGGAAAAGAUCGAGGCUGUGAUCGAUACGUUGCACCUUUCGUCUCUGCUGAUCGACGACAUUGAGGACAACUCGAAGCUUCGACGCAGCAGGCCGUGCUCCCAUCUGAUCUUUGGCGUUCCCCAGACCAUCAAUUGCGCCAACUACAUGUACUUUGUGGCGAUGCGACUGUUGACAGACGCCAUCGACAAGGAGGACAAAAGACUUGCUGCGCAGAAUAUCUUUUUGGACGAGAUGGUCAACCUGCACCGCGGCCAGGGCCUCGAUCUGCACUGGCGAGAGAUCAACGAGUGUCCGUCUGAGCAGGACUAUGUCAAUAUGGUGAUGAACAAGACGGGGGGACUGUUCCGGCUGAGCGCCAAGUUGAUGAACCUGCUGGCGGAUCAGCCGUGCGACAAGCUCAUCACGCUGAGCAACAUGCUCGGAGUGAUCUACCAGAUCAAAGACGACUACUUGAACCUCAUGUCGGACGUCUACAACAAAAACAAGGGCUAUUGCGAGGAUAUCACCGAGGGGAAGUUUUCGUUCCCCAUCAUUCAUUCAAUCAAUACAAACCCAACCAACAAAGAGCUACAGAGAAUCCUGAAGUUGCGCACCGAGGAGCACGAACUCAAGCUCCAUGCCCUUAACAUCAUGAAGUCCACCCAUAGUUUCGAGUACUGCCGCGAAGCGCUCCGCGAUCUCGAGAACCAGGCACGAGAGGUGAUUGCUGAGGUCACUCAGGACCCAGCCGUCAGAGAGAAAUUGACCAGCACACUGGCGAGACUGUCUAGUUUGGACGCAGAGCACAGCUAG